ACACCUCUGCUUUUUCAACGUUAUUAUUUUUUCAAAUAUCCCUCCCUCCCUCCAUCCUAGAGAGAGAGAGAGAGGAGAGAGAAAUAGAGAAACAUUAAUCGAAAACGAAGCACAGACAAGAUCAGAUCCAAAUGGGGUGCUGUUUUCUUACAUGUCUUGGAAUCGAAAGCACCACCAAAAAUCCCAAGAGAAGAACAAGAACAAGAAGAAGCAGCCCCCAAGAACAACCUCAAGAUGCUGAUGCAAGCCCAGCUGGAGAAUACGUGCCUCUACGCAUCCAUGGCGGGCCUCCUAAGAUCGACAAUUCAGAUGACGAGCUCAGAGAGGAACAGUCGCAGAAAGGGGCAUUGCCAUUGCCAUUGCCAUUGCCAUUGCUGUCCAAGAUCAAGAAGAAAGUCAGGUUCAAUUUGGAUGCCCACAAUUGUUAUUAUUACCAACAAAUUGUUGAGAACGAGGAAGAGGAAGAAGAAGACAAGACAACAUGGGAACCCCAUCCAGCUAGCAUUGCCACUUUGUCGGAAUCAAGCACAUGGUCGCAAGCAGCCAAUCGAUACCAAAACUGUCGAGAAAACUACGAGGAAGAAGAAGAAGAAGAAGAAGACGAUGAUGAUGAUGAGUUAAAUUUUGAUCGUAGUGAUGGAGAGGAAGACAGCAACAACGACGAUAUCGAAGAUGAUGAUGAUAUUCCUACCAAAGCAAAUUUGAAUCCAACUAAAUCAGACAUGUUCAAUGUUCUUACUCCUGUCCAAAAUCUGGCGCAAUGGAAAUCAGUUAAAAGCAAAGGGCGAUUGGCAAAGAAUUAUUCAGAAGAGUUGCGAGGACAGGACAUAUCUUCGAGCAAGAAUCUGUCGCAGCCUAUUGCGGUUGAUCUCAGUCUCUCGAAUUGGUUGGGAUCUGUCGGGACAUAGACAAUCGAUAAUCUUUGGCGAUUUUAUUGCAUCAUCCGAAUAAUGUGCUUGCAAGAAUCUUACUUACAUCAUCAGUGUGUGUGUUUGGGAUUUGAGUUGUUCCAUCUGUUUGUAGUUGUUGUUCUAUCAAGAAAGAACCAACGGUUGUCAUAUUCAAUACUUAUGCAUCAUUAGC